GAUUUAAGGAAGAAGAAGAAGAAGAAGAGAAAGUCAUCACAAGUGUUGACUAAGUUGACUUGGCAAAUGAGGGCAAAGACUCUUUCACUAUCAGAGGCUUUGCCGUUGAAACUCUUCUUCUUUAAAUAGAGACUUGAUUGCUACAGAGAGAUUAUGCUUUUGAUGUUGAGAGUUCUCGUGAGAGACUUUGGCCUAGCGAUGUGCUAGAAGAGAGAUCAAUGUUGAUCUCUGUGUAAUCGUUGCUUAGAUCUAUGUUGAUUUGAGUAUAACGAUUCUUAUCUUCUCUUUGUGGUUACGUAAUCGAUUCUAUAAUAUCUAUCAAGAGUUUACAGAGUUCAAGGUAUUGAAACCUUAACAAUGGUGCGGUGAAACUGGUUCGAAUCUCACGCAAUGUUGAGUUUGGGGGAUUUGAAACGAAAGCUUGAUUCGAUGGAGACGACUCGAUCGAAGGUGCAAUCCAUGGACGAUACGUUGCAGACGAUGGUUUCUGACUUGGAGGGAUUGGAAUCACGAUCGUUUUCCGGUGGCACAAAGCAGAUGGAGAUUCAUCGUUCAUCGCGAAAAGGACAACAUGACCAACCAGAGUUCGAAUCUAAAACUAUGAAGAAAUUGGGUGAAUCGGCGUCGUAAAUUUCAAAAAACAGUGGAUCCAUGAACGCAACGAUGAGUUGUGUUGAGGUUCCGGUGUUUACUGGUGAUGAUUUGCGGCCAUGGAUUGAUUGGAUGGAGCAAUACUUUGCUCGCUAUGAUGAUUUCACAGAUUUGCAGAAACAGGCAAUGGCUUAUGGAUUCAUCGAAGGAGAAGCUUUAUCUUGGUAUCAUCAGAGACAGAAGGUGAUGGUGUUCCAAUCCUGGGAUGAGUUGAAGCAGAAUAUGUUGUUGAAGUUUGGACGCAUUGACGAUCCGGAGAGGAUCAAAGUAAGCACAGAGAACGACAAGGAAUUGCAGAGAUUCUUAGCGAUUCUUCGAAACGAUCGUCUAUGGAAGGAACAACGAGAAUCUCCAAAGAUUCAGGUGGUAGCAUCGUUUUGUGCACAAGAACAGAUUGCAACAAACACUUCGAUUCAAGAAGCAGAAGCGAUUAGUGCACAAGAAUCAGUAGGUGGAAAUUCUUCGAUUUCAGAGCUUGAAUCAGAGGCAAAGGAAUCAAAUAUGGAGAUUGAUGGUGUUUCACAACUGAAGGUAUCGAUAUCACUAUUGGAACCUAGCUUUAAAUUUAGCAAUGAUUCAUUGGAUGUCAUGGAUGCUUUCUCAUCUGUGUUCUUUGAGCAAUCACAAGUUGUCGAUGCUUUAGAAAUGGUUGAGAUUUCAGAGAUGUCUACAAGUGUUAAGACCACACAGUGUGCACUCCAACUGUUCGAUAAAAUGCUUAUGGGAGACGGAAGAAGGAAGCAACAUUGUAAGCUGCGACAAUAUCCUAAGGCUUGGCGAUUUAAGUUCAAAACAAAGUCAAGAAUUCAACAGCUCAAGGAUUAUUGUUCGUUUGCUCAAGUUAGAUUGGUAAGGAAGAAUAAAACAUUUCAGAGCUUGAGACUAAAGAAGCACGCUCAUAUGUCAAGGGUUCUAUGUAAAUUGAGGAUGUUGCAUGAUCCAGGAGGCAUGAAACAGCUUAUACAUGGUGAUAUGAAACCUAAGUUCUUAUGUAAAGUAGAAUCGGGGGAUGACACUGGUAUUGCACAAGAAGUAUCAAAAAACAGAUACAUCCAAGGACACAAACAGAUUGUUGGGACUAACAAAAAGCAUCCCAUUUUGUGUAGGAUAGCAAUCCAAGCACAUCCGUUUACUCUUUCCAAGCUUGAGGGCAAGCUUGUUUUCAACGGUGGAAGUAAUGGGGAGGCUGCCACAGGUUUAGGAAAUGAGAUGUUUAUGUUUCUUCAGAGUUUUCCACUGUGUUUUUGGACAAGAUCGGGACUGGAAAUUCAUGGUGAUAUGAAGCUCAUGUUCCUUUCUGCAUGCGAAUCAAGAGAAAGUUUCCGAGAUAGUUUUGUUACACCUAUACUACAAGUUGGUCUUGAAGAGAUAGAGCUUCAACGACUCCAAGAUAGUUAUGUUGUGUAUGUGUUGAGCAAUAUUGAAUCAUCACUUAGGAGGCUGAAGGAAAGAAGUUCAAACUCUUGGAAAUUUACAUACAAACAUGAGUCAGAAGGAAUACAACAACAUCAAAAUCAGUUUGGACCGAGAGAGCGUGAUGAGGAUAUGAAACUCUACAUGAAGCACAAAUGGCGAUCUAAGAGACUACAUUCAUUUACAAGGGAUUCAUGGAACAAUGAUUACUGUGCAACCAAGGCCAUACAUAUUCAGAAGAGGAUGACGCAGACACAUAUGUCACUGUUGCUGUCUAAAUGGAGGUUUCGACAAGAUUCCAGGGACCUGACACAUCUUGGGAUUGCAAGACUCCAAGUUUGGUACCGUUGCAAGAACAAAGCUGGGAAGUUACAACCAUUUUCAGAACUAAUGAUGUGGGGUUUUGUCCAUUCUCGGUCCGGCGAAGGGAUCGGCUUCUUGGGAUUAGUUAAUGCAUUUUUAGUUGCAGCUAAUGGAGCCUUUAUUAUUGAUGCAGCAGCAAUAUCACUCUCUUCACAGUCUAUUGGAGUACAACAAUAUAGGACAGUGAUGUUCUUGUGUAUGGGUAUCCAACAUUUGCACAUGAGACUACUUACUUGGAUGACUCUAAAGGAUGGGAUGAUGGGGCUGUGUUCCAGUGGGUGUGCUAGAUGUGUUUUUGAGAGGUGUCACAGGCUUACGCACAGAACAAGGGAGGACCAGUCGACAAGUGCCUUGCACAAUUUCAAGAAACAGAAGUUUCGCAAGGCAUGGAAAUUCAAGUUUAAACAGAAGGCAUACAAGAGAGACUGGGCUGCAUAUCAGAAACCUGUGGCAAUACAAAUGAUUCAGAAGCUGGUCGUUUAUUUCUUUCUUUUACAAAGCUUGAGGACAAGCUUGUUUUCAAAGGGGGAAGUAUUGAUACGAUUUAAGGAAGAAGAAGAAGAAGAAGAGAAAGUCAUCACAAGUGUUGACUAAGUUGACUUGGCAAAUGAGGGCAAAGACUCUUUCACUAUCAGAGGCUUUGCCGUUGAAACUCUUCUUCUUUAAAUAGAGACUUGAUUGCUACAGAGAGAUUAUGCUUUUGAUGUUGAGAGCUCUCGUGAGAGACUUUGGCCUAGCGAUGUGCUAGAAGAGAGAUCAAUGUUGAUCUCUGUGUAAUCGUUGCUUAGAUCUAUGUUGAUUUGAGUAUAACGAUUCUUAUCUUCUCUUUGUGGUUACGUAAUCGAUUCUAUAAUAUCUAUCAAGAGUUUACAGAGUUCAA